AGGUUUCAAACAGAGAAGGAUGAGAGGAAGUCUAUUUUCGGCUCUCCCUGCCGUUUGGGAGGGGAGAAAAUGACAGUGAGGCUGUGUUAAGAAUCUCUCCGUCGUGUCUAGUCGGGAAUGAGAUUGGAAUUGGAAGCAGCGUGCUUGUGAAAUAUUCAUGAAAGUGCUGGAGAACUACGGUGAAGGAGGGGAGACCACCACCCCGAGGAUGCCCUACAUCUUCCAGGAGAGUCACACCACGACCUGGUCGCAUGCAUUGGAGACGGAGUCGGUAAAAUCAAAUGGGAGCGACCUUCCACGAAGACCCCGAGUGCACAGGUUCCCCAACCAGAAUCAUAUCAACUAUAAUCACACGAAUCAUCACCCGCAACUGCAACUGCAGCAUCAGCAAAAUCACGUGCCAUCGAGGUCCCAAAGUCGACAGAGCAACCGAAGUGUGUCGGUUCGGAGCCCAUUGCCUUCAAAGGAUGGAUUCUCGAGUGGACUCAAUAGUCCUCUCAACACCACGCUCAGCAUGGUCCCAGAGGAUAGACCCGAGGGACAAGAAGUCAUCGAAGUCCAAAUCCUGCCCCAGGAUGAGAACUGGGGAGACAACACGACAGCAGUGACCGGGAACACCUCGGAAGGGGGUUCUAUGGAAGACUUAUCCAAGUGGAUGAAGGAACCUGACACGGGCUUGAGUUUCCACUGUCAGCGAUGGUCGGGUUUCGUGUUCGCGUUAGUGUUGUCGGUCGUGGGGUUUCUGAGCCCCAUCGUCAUGGUGGUGAUACCCAAGACUGGACUGUAUCAAAUAUCGCCUACUCAAUUGAAAUGCGGACCUGAGUGCGACGGUGCUCUCAUUUCCUUGACUUUCAAACUCCUCAUUCUCCUCGUCGGAUGUUGGGCCGUGUUUCUCCGAAAACCUCGUGCAACGACACCCAGAAUUUACACUCUUCGGGCUCUCGUCCUUCUGGUCCUCUUCGUGCUCAUCUUUUCUUACUGGCUCUUCUAUUGUGUACGACUCAUCGAGACCUUCGAAGAUGAUAUUCCAUACUAUUCCGUGGUACUGUUCGCGGAUAGCAUGGUGAAUUCCCUCCUCUUUGUUCACUACAUCACCGUCGUUCUAAUGGAGAUUCGUCACCAGCAGACCCAAUACGUCAUCAAGGUGGUUCGAAGCCCGGACGGAGAAGCGAGAUCUUAUCCCAUCGGACAACUCAGCAUCCAAAGAGCUGCCGUGGCAGUAUUGGAGAAAUACUACCUAGACUUCCCCUUAUAUAACCCCUACCUGGAGAGGCUCCCGACUGCCAAGUCGAAGAAGAUGAACCAGCUGGGCUCGUCGAGCAAUGGACCCACUUCAUUCAAGUUCUACGACGUCGACGGCUUUAAUGGUGGCAUUCAGGGUCCUGGAAAUGUGACGGGAUCUGGGAGGCGAAGAGAUUCGAGCCACAAUGAAAGGUUCUACGAGGAGCAUGAGUACGAACGACGCGUGAAGAAGCGUCGUGCACGUCUUCUUACGGCCACUGAAGAAGCCUUCAUGCAUAUCAAGAGAGUCCAUCAAGACCAAGGCAUGGGGGGAGGCAGCAGCGGUGGGACAGGGAAUCCAAUGGAUCCUGGUGAGGCGGCUCAAGCGGUUUUCCCCACGCUUGCGAGGCCGCUGCAGAAAUAUCUUCGUAUCACCCGUCAGCAGCCCUGGCACACGAUGGACGGGAUUCUUUCACAUCUUUCCACUUCCCUUUCCCAUGACCUCAGCCCUAAAGCCUUCCUCGAGAAGUAUCUCACCACUGCGCCCAUCAUGCAGUACGAUCGAGAAAAGAAGGAAGUGCAGACGUGGGCGCUCGUGUGUGACGUUCUGCUCUCACGCCAAAUUAAGGACGGGACGAUGUUUCAGCUUCGUCAAAACGACCUCUCCCUCAUCUGCACUGUGACCAAGCUCCCCCACUUCAAUGUGACCGAGGAAAUCAUCGAUCCCAAGAGCAAUCGCUUUGUAAUCAGGCUCAACUCCGAGACAUCUGUGUAGUUCGAAGACGAUCGCGGGAAACGAAGGGAUACAGCCUAUAGAACGGGAAUGUAAGGGAAAAAUUUCCCCCUUUGUUCCUGGCCCGGUGCAAUCAUGCCACCCUUUGUUUCCUCACCGAUUGCAUUUUCUGGAAGCCCUGCUUGUGAAGUUAUCAUGCGUAUACUUCCUUCGUGUUUCCCCUCGUGCAUCCGGACUAGAUGCAUCCCAACUGUGAUGAACUGCCAUAGAUGUGAACUGAAUGAACCAUGUCAUCGUGUGCACUGUGGAAUUUUUUUUUACGUCGAUCCACCGAUGAUACCCAAAUAAGGCCAUUCGACGUCGCUUCCUCCCCUCUAUUAAUACGCAUUUUUUACGUCGAUGUGUUCCAGUCAUGCAUGUGAACGUGAUUUUUUUUUAUUUAUUGCCGUGGAAAUAAAAAAAAACUUGCCACAGCAA